AUGGUCCCGGAUGUCAUGCUGUCAAGUUUAGGCACGCUAAAAGAGGAAACAGAUCAGACAGCCACUGUUACACUUUCUGAAAGGACAGCUUCUAACUCUUUAACUAUACAAAAUAAUAAUAGUAACAUUCCAAAAAAUGAAUGUAAAAAACAUGGGUAUCAUUCGAAAGGAAGCAGUUCAGCAUCUUCAAACAGUAGAACAGUGAGGACUGGUAUAGGUAGGCGACCAUCUGAUAACAUGCUGGGUAAUUUAAUGAAUGAGGAGGGUGACGAGACUGGGGUGGCGCAUGUUUCUCUUCAGUCCAUGAUGUUCCAGCAGCCGCCAUCGAAGAAAGCGCUGUCUUUGAAAACCGAGAGACCCAUAUCGAAUGAUUCAAUUGUCACAGAGGCUGCAGACCUGUUAUCUUCUCAUUUGAAUAUGUCGUGUGCGUCUGCAUCGAAUUCAAGUUCUUCUAGGGGGUCCUUCAUUGUAAUCGAUCAGGUGGAGAACUGUGAUAGUGGAGCGGUGGCCGUUUCCGUGGAAGGAGACAGCGACCUCACAGAGAGAUAUGAAAGUAAUCUUACAUCUUCCACGGUUCACGAUUCAGAGCAUGAGUUGAAGACGUGGGAUUCGACAUCUAGGGCAAGUGUCAAAACAAAAUACAUGUUUACCAAUAGCUGCAGGAAUAAGUCACAGGUGUCGUUUUUGAAUGCUAAUACAGCCGAGGUGGCAACGGCGGUUUCGAAUACAGGUCUUAGUAUUUCUAGGUUUUCCAGUCCACCACCGAAAAAUACGAUACAUAGCAUACCAGCAUACUCGAAAACCACACCGUCUUUGGUAACGACUUCCAAGGCUGCGACCCCAUCGCAGCGACUUCGACUAAGAAGAGAACAAAAUAAGGUUAUGUUGCAGAAGUCCAUAAAAGACAAAGAGACGUUUUACGAUGAACAAGAGUCGCCCUCUUUAUACUUUACAGGUUCAUCUGCAAAGUCGCUCUCAGAAUGUUCAUAUAUUGGUGAUGAGGUUAGCGAUGAUAUGAGCAACUAUCUUGGAUGGGAUGUGCCAGUGGCUUCUCCCUCUGCUGCUCCAUUCCUUUCGGCGUUGAAUGCAUCUCCAAGACAAACGAAGCAUGAUGGGAAAAAACGGGGUAAGUUGGAAAGAUCCCAGAGUUCAACUUUCGUGGACUCUUUCCAACUACCUCCAUCGCCAAUUCCAGGCAUACAAAACGUUACAGAUCUGCAGUUCUUUCAGCAAACUUCACGUACACUUUCUUCUGUGUACACAGAUUCUUCGAAAGAAUUUUCUAAAUCCAAACUAUGGGAACGAACUAAGUCUGCAGAAGUUCUACCUAUGGAGUUCAAGACCGCUAGUGAUGAGGGAAUGGAAGACCUAAAACUAGUUUCCUCUGGUAAGCUAGCAAUGUGUUCACCGUCAAGACCUACUUGGUUGCCUCCAAAGGACGUUGAAGAACGUGCAAAGCAUGAAAAACAAAUCCGCCAAGCAAUGAAUAUAGCAUCUGUGAAUCAGAUGGACAAAAACAAGGAACAUGAAGAACGUCAACAUAAAAAUGAAAUAAAUAGGAAAAAACUGGCAAUUUUAAUUGAUAGGGGUUUAACAAGGAAGUCGUCUUUACAUGAUUUGAAGAAAAUUUGCUGGGAAACAAGUUUAGCAAGUGACGCUAGAUACUUCGUCUAUCGCACACUUUUACAAAGUGAAACUGCCAAAGUUAUUGAAGAGAAGUAUAUUGAUGAUCUGUCGAAGUUAGAGGCUAUUUUUCAGACCAUGAAGUUUCCACACGAGAAACUGCAGGAAAUAAAAGUUAUGGUGGCCCAGAUGCCUUGUGUUGUUGGUGAACCACCCAAAGAACUUGUGUAUUUACUACAAUUAAAGGCAAUCUCCAAACAGGGCCUGCUUAUCGGCGACGAGUUACUUUUCUACCAUUUUUUGAUUACAGAACAUCUCAACUUGUCAGAAGUCUGGGUCCUAGUUAAUCUCUUGCAGCAAACUUGCUUCAAUGAGGUUACUAAAGACCGUUAUGAGAACCGAAUUCUAAAUCCUCGUGGUGUUAUGGCUAAUUAUUUGGCAAAUGAUAAAGCUUUUAGCCUCGAAUUUAAUUCCAAAUGUUUGAACUUUGUUACUUGGUGGAAUAUAAUGGCUAGACUUGACCACGAAUUUUUCAUGUGGUGUAUAGAUGUCAUUGUUGCGGAGAACUCCCAGCCUUUCAAAAGCGACUCUAUUGACAGACAGAAAUACGAAGACAAAGAUUGGGACGAAUAUCGUGAAAAGCAUGUUAUUGUAAAUUAUAAAAUCUUAUGUUCGUUAGCAUUAAACGUUUUGCUGAAUUAUCAUUUUGGAUUUAACGACUUUUAUGAGCUAUCGUUAAUCGAAAAGCGCUUCCAAAUUAUUGGGCCAGAAUUGCAUGCUACUGACGAUGUUCAUUCAACUUUUGUUAAAAAAUGGCGUAAUUACUAUAAGAAAUUUUAG